AUGUGUCGAGUGAAGAUAGGCGAAUGGUUGCCGCACGACCACCGAGCGCACAAGGAAUGGCUGGCCGGUGUCAUCGACCAUGUCGACCAGAACCCAGCGGAGCUGCAUCCGGUGGUGCGAGAGUUCCAGGACCUGAUCGAGAAGAACUCGCGGGUCUGGCUGCUCUUCUCGUCCAUGUUUGAGCAGAUCCCCAACAAGGACCCCUACAAGACCGACCCGCGUGGUACGGCGGGCCACCCGACCAUCCGGGACCACGUGCACAUGCUCCAGGUCAUCAACCACCUCUUGACCACGGCGCCGUCGUGGAACGACAAGUCCGAACGGGUCGGGCUGGUGGGACUCCCCUUCAACGCGCUCUUCGACUGGCCCAUGGGGACCAAGAGCGGAUUCGCAGUCUUCCUGGACCCAGAGGUGAAUGCCAUGCUGAAGAAGGUGCUCAAUGCGUGGGCCGAGUUUCUCAGCUCGCCAGACUCGGCGUACGUGUUGAAGAGAGAAGCCAAGGGAAGCUGGUUCAGCCCCCACGGGUACGAGGAGCUCCAAUACACGGCCAACGUGGGCAAGACGAACUACAGGUUCGAGGAAAUGUUCCAGUGCGAUCCCUCAGAGCCGCAUAUGGGGUACAAGUCAUGGGACCAUUUCUUCACGAGGCUGUUCAAAGAAGGCGUCCGGCCGGUGGCCAGUCCCGACGACGACAGCGUGAUUGCCAACGCGUGCGAGUCCAAGACGUUCAAGGUCGCGAGGGACGUCAAGCGCCGCGACAAGUUCUGGUUGAAGGGACAGCCGUAUUCGGUCGUCGACAUGCUGGCGCAAGAUCCGCUGGCUGAGCAGUUCGUCGGAGGAACCGUUUACCAGGCGUUUUUGAGCGCGUUGAGUUAUCACCGUUGGCACGCGCCUGUGUCGGGGAAACUGGUCAAGGCAUACGUGGUCGACGGGACGUAUUACUCUGAGCCGCUGUUUGAGGACUUUGGGCCAGGCCAGUCCGCCGACCCGGAGGGACAGGUGACGAGCCAGGGAUACUUGAGUGCGACGGCCACUAGGGCCAUUAUGUUCUUCGAGGCGGAGAAUCCCGACAUUGGACUGAUGGCCUUUUUAGGUAUUGGUAUGUGUGAAGUCUCGACGUGCGAUGUCACUGUCAAGGAAGGUCAGCAUGUCAACAAGGGAGAUGAGAUUGGCAUGUUCCAUUUCGGAGGAUCGACGCAUUGUUUGAUGUUUAGAAAGGGUGUCGAGGUGGAUGGGUUCCCUGAGCCGCAUCCUGAACACAACAUUCCUGUGAGGAGUGAGUUGGCUCGAGUGAAGCCGAGGUCGAAGUAG